AACACGUCAAAGUCAAAGUUGAACCAAAACGCUAUUUGUAUGUUUUGUAUAAUAAUUUAUAGUAUUUAUCUGAUUUCAAAAUAUAUGUUGUAGAAGAAUCAUAACUAAACAAUUUAAUAGCUCAGUUCAACUUUUGCAUUUGUUAUAAUCUUCAAGAGUGUCAUAUUUCAAUUUUAACUGAAAUUAUUGAAAAUGUCGUGCCCAAUACAAGAUGUUGUGGAAGAAGAUGCAGCCGAUUUGCAAUUUCCCAAAGAAUUUGAAAAUGCUGAAACUUUACUAAUAUCUGAAGUGGACAUGUUGUUAGAACACAGGAAGGCACAAAAUGAAUCAGCAGAAGAGGAGCAGGAAUUUUCAGAAGUAUUUAUGAAGACAUUGACAUACACUAAUAUGUUUAAGAAAUUUAAAAAUAAGGAAACAAUAGCUGCUGUUAGAAACCUCUUGCAGUCCAAGAAAUUGCACAAAUUUGAAGUAGCAAGUUUAGCAAACUUAUGUCCAGAAACACCAGAGGAAGCAAAAGCUUUAAUUCCAUCACUGGAAGGUAGAUUUGAGGACGAGGAGCUACGGAUCUUACUUGAUGACAUUCAAACUAAAAGAAGCAUACAGUACUGAAUAAAUACAAUAUAAAUAUUCUAAUUAAAUUUUUGGUUAUCAAUA